ACUACAUCAACAACGUGUUCGCCAGCGCAUGGUUGGCUAAUCUCGCGCACCGCGUUAUCGGCAGAACCAGUCGUCGUUGAGCUUUUGCGACGAACAAACGUACCGCUGGGAAAUCGCGGAGCGAGCUCGGAGUCCUGUUCGUAGAUAGUAAAUAAAUGGAAAAUUGUUUAUGAGUAUUUUUCACGUGGUUCCGAGGAGUUGCUCUGUAACGUAUCGCUGCCUUUUCGAAAGCCGCGUUGUGAAGCUGAUUAGUGCCAACCGUCGCGUAGUGCGCAGGCGAAUUGUUUAAUUGCCAUUAUUUCCUUCCUAAACUGGAUCAAUGCCUUUUUAUGUUUGUACAAAUGCAUUCUACGACUUUGCGGAUAAAUGAUCCAUCAACGGCUGGUCGAGAGAGUGUUCACAGUUUUGCGAAACAAGUGACUCGAGGUACGAAAGAUUAAAUAAAGAGGAAACCAAAAGUUUCCAUGAGUGACGUUUUUGAAAAUGCUUAAUUAAUUGGAUUUUCGUAUGCAAAUAAGUGAAAUCGAAACUGAUGCGCAGAAUGAAACUGUAAUGGUUAUGUGGAGAAAGGUGUGAUUGACCCUGAAUGAGAUCGCAUCCUGAGAUUAAAACUUCCAGUUUUUGUCCGUUUCAAUUUAUCGUGGUAUUUAAAUAAUAAUAAAAAAAGUGUUCCAAUUUUAUCACUCCGAUCAAUCAGGUUGAAGCACCUAAAAAUAACUAGUUCCAUCAGUUGAAGAAAGAAAAAAAAAACAGUGCAAAAGGUGUGUCUGUGCAAGUGCUGAUCUGCAAUUAAAUCGGUCCGAUUCAACCUGGCGGACGACCAGCCAUAAACGGAUUGCAUAGUAAUCAUCGGGAACCGAACAACUUUUAAUGAAGUGAACAACGAAGAAUAGAAGAUCGGUGUCCCACUUAGUUCUGUCGUCUGUUUGGGUGAUGAAUGGGAUGCGAAACUAGUUUACGGCUGUACUAGUGGACUAUUGAGGAAGCGCGGUGUGCAUUCGGAAAAUCAAUAUUAUGUCAAUGGAUUAGCAUAUGGGAGGGGAAAAAAAAAUGUGCGACUAUCGUGUAGUGCACCAUUGGAAGUAAUUGCAUAGUAAACAUACAUAGUGCACCGGAACCUUUUAUGUGGUAGCAACGACUAAUGGUGUUGAUAGUGUGUUAACAUUCGUACAAACAACGAUUGUGCAGGUUGUCUUCCGAAACCAUCGUGUAACCCGGCAUAUGUUGAAUAGCAUUUCUGGUACACUACUAGAUAAAAAAAAUGUGUAAUGUAAGCCGUUGCGUGGCGUGCAGCUAAUGCAACUCAGUUAAAGCAUCUUGGAGCCCGAAACACCGGACCAGGCGGCGAGUAAAAGUGGCACCGGCUGAAUCAGGCAGAAACAGUAAUCGGCUUCAAGUAGAAAAUUUGCUUGCAUCGAAGCGUGAAAACAUAUCCCGGAGCCCUCGGAAGCAACGCAAGCAACGCACCUGGGUUUGGAGCAUAAGUGGCCUGAUGUUGCACGAGAUUCAUAGGUAGUCGGUGUUGUUGAGUAGCGUGCGCCGCAGAAAGAAGGAAAAAAGUGGUGUAAAAUCGCCUCGAGCAAAACAAACGAUGCAAAAAUUCCCGCAUUCAAUCUGAUUUAACGUGAUUAUCCGUAACUAGUCGGGGGUGCCUCCAAGUCGUGUUGCUUCAGUGCUCGCCGGUGGUGGUGGUACAGUCAAGAAUAAUUUGUAGAUCAUAAAUUGGAAGUGAUACAAUAGGGAAAAAAGCGGAAGAAAAGGCUGAAUUGAUUACGACUGCUGCGAAGAAAAUCAAAAGUUAGUGAUGAACCUGGCUAGAAUUGGGAGUGUUCGUUUCGUGAGUUCUUUUCUUGGUACUUUGUGGCAAACGGUGGGCACGAGUUCUGCGCAACGCGAUCCAAGAUAGAUAAAUUAAUCAAAAAUUUAAUCGACGGGGCAGACAAUUGGUGAUCAAUUCAAGAUGGGCAACUCGAUAAGCAGUGCUAAUGAAUCUACGCUGCCUCGUAGUUAUGGUGAUUGUAACGGAAAACGGUGCUGUUACGAGAAUGGAGCAACCAAUACUGGCUCCAGGAGUAGCCAUCAGAACCAACAACAACAGCAACAGCAAAAUCCGGAAAACUCCCGAAUGCUGUUUCUGCUCUACUUGAUUCAUCGGACCUGGAACGUCGUGGUCGAUAGCGUGGAUCAGAAAGGCAAAAAAUCUCGUGCCACCACAUCGGAAGACUCCGGUGCUCCCCGCAGCAACUACGAUGAAGCUUUCGACACCGACGUUAACUUUACCGACCUGGACGAUGAUUCGAGCUUGUACGGUUCGCAGUACUCGUUCUGUAACUGCAGCUACUGCGAGGAGGAAGCCGAUCGUAACCACUUCGACAACGUCAGGGGGAAUCGGUUUUCCUUUUGCGAUAGUGACAUAUCGUACUGCUCUUACCAGAUGGCACCAAGCGCUGGGAAAAGCCCCCCCGGGGGCACACAGAUAGGUCCACCGGAUGUGAACGAGAUGACCCUGGGCUGGAACUCUAACAUCAAGCAAGAGAAUCAGCGGCCACCCGUGUUCAACCCAGAGGACUAUGUAAUCUCGCUUAAGAAGUACGGCCGCCGUGGUACCAAUGGGAACUUCAAAUCGAUCUACGACACAACCCCCGGUGAAGAAAAACAGCAACAACUCGCUGACAGCCGGUCUCAUACGUUGCCUCACAAAAAUUCCGAAUAUAGAUCACCAAUUCCAGCACCACCGGAAAUGGACAGCGAAAUGACAUUGCGUCAGUUCGGCUCGGUAACCGAUUUGCUCACUAAAUUGAGAGCAGAUUUGCGUGCUUCAUUUCCCAGCUUUGUCCAGGAAUUUGUCUCCAACCCGUUAGAUGGGGUCAGCCUACUGUUGGAAGUUCUCCGAGCUGUUCAGCUCAGCCAGAGUAUGCCGAUGAAUGGAACUACGACAAUGCCAGCUCCGGGUGUGAUGCCAAGAACCAAUCAGUCCUAUCAGAGACGUGCCCUAUUGGACGAACUUGCGUGCUUGCAAUGUUUAAGUAUUUGCUGUACGAGAAGUCCUGAAGCUGGUGCUCGAUUGGGAACCACCCCGAUAGGAUUGCUUCCAUUGGCCGCAGCUGCCACCGGCACCGGUAUUCGGUCGCGUAUCGUAGCCUUACAGCUAUUAACGAUAGCUUGUGAUAAAUCUGCUCUCGGCGAUGGAACACAGCGAAGUCAACAGCAAGGGCACACUGCUGUAUCGGAAGCUUUAUCUACUCUCCGUCUCCGAUGUGCAGAGCCAGUACGAUUUAGACUGCUGGUUGGAAUGCUGAACAGUGGGGGAGGCUCAGGAGAGCUGCAGGCAGUGGGAAUGAAAUUUGUCAACACAUUUUUGGAAAGUGCCGAAAGCGUACAGGUUCGUCUGUAUCUACAGGCAGAACUUCAUCAGGCAGGUUUAGAUCCAGCGCAGAUGUGUAAAGUUAUUUCAUCAACAUCUCCAUGGUUGGAGCGGCUUCGGGUGGAAGUUAAGCGAUGGGACGCCAUCCGCAUUGAUAUUGAGCAGCUGCAAUGUCAGGCGCGAUCGGCAGAACAAGUUCGCAGUCGGUUGGUGAUUCUCGAACGUAGAGUACAAAUUCUGCAUGAGGAGAAGACUGUGUUGACUACUAUGGAGAGACGGCUUCAGGAACGAUGUGCGGAGCUACAACGAGAAGUGCUUCGAUUGAAAGGUACACAAAGUCACGAAGCGUCCAACAGUUCCAGCUUGGAGAAAAGGCCGGUUGCAUUGCCCAGACAAGUUCCACCACAGGCUAAGAGAAAUACUUCCGAGAAUGAUGAUGAAGGCAUAAGCAGCUCGGAAACUGGUCAGUCGUCUACUCCUGAACCUCCACGUGUAUUUCCAACCAAGGAUGGCUCAAGUUCACAUUCUCACAAGUUCAGUAUCUCCCUGAAUCAGGAAAACAAUGGUCAAUCGCACGAAGUGACCAACAACGAUGAUGAUACGAACGCCACUAUUGAAGAUGUUAUCGAAGAACUGCAAAACAUCGUCAACGACGCGGAACGGGAAAUUUCCGAUCAGAAUGAAGUGCUUUAUCAUCAGAUGGAUGAUCUACCUGAAAAGACUCUCUACAGUUUAGAGAUUAACACAGAAAAUGAAAUUGUACCUGUAAACCUACUACCUCACCCACCCCGCAAGUCCCGUUCCUUGGCGCAUCUCAUCUCAACUCCAUCGGAUGGAGAAGGGUCCGGCUAUGAUCUCCUUCUGGUCAACAACGACAACAAAAUGGAUUUUUUCGAACCCGAAGACCAGGGAAAGUCUCAAAAGAAGCCUUUUAUCGAUGAUACAUUUUACCCUGCAGAAGUACCCCACGAUCCAACGCGACCAGAUGUGAUCCACACGGCCACUGAAUCACAAGCCUUACACAGAAGUCGUGCACUGACCAAAGAUUCAAAUCGAGCCAUACUGAACGUGAUCAUGGAUGCGCGAGACAAAGAAUCCCGAAUGCUACGUGCUCAGUCCCUGGAACGUGAAGUCCCACAAAAUCCUCCAGCUCAGCAGUUCAACGGCGUAUUUUUCAUGACGGAUAUGAAUAGCGCCGGAAAGUAUCCUAAGCCGGAUAUCACCGCUGCAUUGGAGGCGAAGAAGGUCACUAAAAAUCUUGAUCGGAUGGGUGCUUAUGGCGUAGAUUCUAUGAUCGACAUCGUUAUGUCCAGUGAACAAAGGGCAAAAUCGAAUGCGUUCCAGAAAGCUCGUCUCAUUCAUCAGCAUUCAAAUGGAAGUGGAAAUGCAAAUGGUGUAAUUCCAGGUGCAAAACAGAGCACCGGAAAUAACAACUUCAAGUUACGGUCUACCAAUAAUCCGCAGAUGCAUUAUCCUGGAAAUGAAUCGCUCUUGAGGGAGAAUAGCCGUAGUCAAACGAAUCUUGGCUCCAAAGUAACGGAUCUUCCCUCUGGAUUGUACUGAAUAUGAAUAAAUUCCAAAAUUCGUCGAAUUUGAGACAUUUUUAAAAUAAUUUCUGUGCAAUAUUUAUUCUUUUACUGUGUAGAGUUUUAGCUGUAUUUUAACACGUUCUUGCAGUUGAGUGCAAAAUUGAUUCCACACAUACAUUUUUGUUGUAUUAAACACUCGGUUUGUAUAAAGAUGCUUACGCCCCUUUCCCUAGACGUUAGAUGGUGAUGGAACUGUUCGGACUAUCCUUACUCCAAGGGACACCUUUCAAGCGAGCCGUGUUGAACGUUCAUGACGAUUCGGAGAAUGAUUAAGUAGAAUUUAACUUUUAAGUAGUUAUGUACUUUUACAAACAAGAAAGAACAAAAAUGCUGAAUAAAUACAUUUUGCGAGA